AUGGAGACGAGCCAAGCAGGGAUGGGGAACACGGUGAUGUGUCUGUUAACAGACCCAGAAGGAACUAACUUAGGUUCUGCCAUGUAUAUUCCUCAAACCGCUGGUCCUUUACAGCUCACUCAGCUCGUCAACAGGUUCCUCAACAACGAGGAGAUGUUGCCUUACAGUUUCUAUGUAUCGGACGAAGAGCUUCUUGUACCUGUAGGAACUUACUUGGAGAAGAACAAUGUGUCUGUGGAGAAAGUUUUGACGAUAGUUUAUCAACAACAAGCUGUGUUCCGAAUUCGUCCUGUUAACCGUUGCUCACAGACAAUUGCUGGUCACGCGGAGGCUGUUCUUUGUGUUUCGUUUAGUCCUGACGGUAAGCAGUUAGCAAGUGGCUCAGGGGAUACUACUGUCCGGCUUUGGGAUCUCAACACUGAGACUCCAUUGUUUACUUGCAAAGGACAUAGGAACUGGGUACUCUCAAUUGCUUGGUCUCCAGAUGGUAAGCAUCUUGUGAGUGGUAGUAAAUCAGGUGAAAUCUGUUGUUGGAAUCCAAAGAAGGGAGAGCUAGACGGCAAUCCACUUACAGGUCACAAGAAAUGGAUUACUGGUAUCUCGUGGGAACCAGUCCAUCUUAGUUCUCCAUGCCGUCGAUUUGUAACUUCUAGCAAAGAUGGAGAUGCAAGGAUUUGGGAUGUUACACUGAAGAAAACUUUGAUUUGUCUGAGUGGCCACACACUUGCGGUGACUUGCGUCAAAUGGGGUGGAGACGGAAUUAUUUAUACAGGUUCCCAAGAUUGUACCAUAAAGAUGUGGGAAACUACUCAGGGGAAGCUCAUUCGUGAGCUGAAGGGGCAUGGGCAUUGGGUUAACUCCCUUGCAUUGAGCACAGAAUAUGUUCUUCGAACAGGAGCUUUUGACCACACUGGAAGGCAAUAUCCUCCAAAUGAAGAAAUGAAAAAGGCGUUAGAAAGAUACAACCAAACAAAAGGGGAUUCCCCUGAAAGAUUAGUCUCAGGUUCUGAUGAUUUCACUAUGUUCCUUUGGGAACCAUCUGUUAGCAAGCAACCUAAAAAGCGCUUGACCGGUCAUCAACAGCUUGUAAAUCAUGUCUAUUUCUCACCUGAUGGGAAAUGGAUUGCAAGUGCUUCAUUCGAUAUAUCAGUUAGGUUAUGGAACGGUGUCACAGGACAAUUUGUUACAGCUUUCCGGGGCCAUGUUGGGCCUGUUUAUCAGGUCAGUUGGUCUGCUGACAGUAGAUUGCUUUUAAGUGGCAGUAAAGACUCUACUCUCAAGAUUUGGGAAAUUAGGACAAAAACGUUGAAACAAGAUCUUCCUGGUCAUGCAGAUGAGGUUUUUGCUGUGGACUGGAGUCCAGACGGUGAGAAAGUAGUCUCUGGUGGUAAAGAUAAAGUUUUGAAGCUUUGGAAGGGUUAA